UUAUAUUACUAUCCCAUAUUUAAUGAUGGCGGGACGUAAGGCAGAGAGCUUUGGUAACAGACAGCUGUGGCAGACUAUCAGCAUUAUAAGCCAUACUCUUCGACCUACGGAGUAUGUAGAGUCAGAACUGAAGAAAAACCAGGAGAAGCUGCUUCAUGGAGUGUCCUAUUACAAAAAACAAAGCACAUCAUCAGCAGACAGUCUCAAGAAAGACAAGAGGCUAAAAAAAGAGCAGCUUGAAUUUGUCACCAAACUUAGUCAAUUUUUGGGUUUAGAUGAGCUACAAAGCUAUGAUUUGCUAUGCUCUUAUCUAUUUACUGAGUACAGAGGUUCUCAAAAAGAACUCAGUAACAUAUUUAGCCAUGAGCGCCAUUCACAGACAUUGUUGUUAAAGAUACAAGAAUUUUAUUACGAGGAACGACUGUAUCUGCUGCGCUGUCUGAGGACUGUCCUGCAGAGCUGGCAGGGAGAGGAGAAUGCAUACAAGGAUGUGUUUGUGAACUUCAUUAAAUUAUUACUUGAUAAUAAUCAUCUUGGGAAAAAGCUUGUUGAACAGUUUGAUCAUGUAUGCACAGCUACCAUACCUACUAAAGAAACAAAUGGCCCACUGAUGAAUCGCCUGCAGGUGAUGAGCUGGGCAGUCCAGAACCUGAAAGAACAGCAGGAGCUGCUAGAGUUGCUGGUCAUCUUCUAUCACUAUUUUGAGAUGGAGUUCCCAACCCUGCAAGAUCUCUUCAGGAAGUUUAAGAACCAAAACUUUGGCUGGGGUCAGACUUUCAAACAUUUGAUUGAUGUCCAGAUGGAGAAACUGGUCACUAGAAUUCGUUACCUUGAGAUUUUGAUCCUGCUGGUAGGGUUAGAUGUUAAGAAUGCUAUGGACAUGACCAGAGAGACAAGAGAUAGUAACUAUGCUAGCAGUGCUCCAGACCAUUUGAUUCUAAGUCAAGUCAGCAAUGUCACAGAAAUGGAUAAAUUAAUCUCACAACUUGGCUCUGAACCUGUGCAUGGCCCCAUUUUCAUGGCCUGGUCGAUACUGCUCUUCAUCCAUGGGGAGUUAAGUCAGACACAUGUUGGAUCAGGGGAAGGAAUUGUGGAAUCCUCCCAGACAGUCAACAAGUCUAGAAGGUUUGGGAACAUGGGCAUGCAGUUGGGAGCCUUGGAUUACUUACAUGAGCUGCUGGAAUCUGAAACCUUUACUGGAAACUCUCAUUUGGCCAAGACAGCUCACUGCAUUGUGUACUCAGUCAUCUCUGCCUUACUCUCCAACUUCCAUGAAGAUUCUUUUGGAAACACAGAGACUUUGUAUAGGCUAUGCUCUAGACUUAUGACAUGGGACUGUAUAGCUGAAUCGUUGUGGAACAAGACAGGAGAGUCUGAAGGUCUGGCCAUAUUAUAUGACUCUGCCAAGUCUCUGUUCCCUGUAGAUUUCAGCUGCUUCAUUCAGCUCAACAUUUCACUUGCUAAAACUUCCACAUCCAGUGCCCAGAAGGUGAAGAAAAACCUCCACACCUUGGGCACCUUCACAGAACCACUGGACAACAACAGGUCCCAGGACUUGCAGAUUGUCCAUGGUACCAGUGACCAAAGGACAUUUUUGUUGAAGAGAAACAAGCACCCUUUUUCUCACAGCAAUUUUGUGAUAGCAUCAGGAUGUCAGGGUGUAGUGAUCAAGUCAUCAGCUAUUGGUCGUAAUGUGUGCACCAGUACUCACAUCAUCCAAUGGGAGACAACCUACAAUGGCUGGCAGUAUUUGAUGGGAGAGAUCCAGGAACUUCUGGGCCAGGUUUCAUAUGGGGCAGGCAUGGUGCAGACAGAACAAGUACUCAAGACAACCAUGGUGAUGAACCUAGUCAAGGAGAUUGUCACCUUUGACCCGGAAGCAGUUUUUCAGUUCUCAGAGAUCCUGCAGUUGGGUUACCAGUUAAUUUUAAGGUUUGCAGUUCUGACACCAAGUCCUCUGGAGCUACUGGCCCACACAGUUCACUGCUUGUCACUAUCAGUACCCAAGUUUUACCAGGAGGUCUCACACCACUUGAAGCAGACUGGUUUUCUCCCUUUCAUGACAAUCAACAUAAAAAAUGUCACAGAUGCAAUGAGUGGUGAUGGUGUGAACCAAGGCUUGUACGGGUGUGUCCUGACCACUACGGAAUGUGCUCAGGGUGUGUACGUGGUCACCAUUGCUGCCCUGGAUCUGGUCACUAACUUAAUAAAGUUUUCCCCCAACCAGAAAGAUGAGAGGGACCACACAGCAAGUCUGCUGUUUAUUCUGAGGGAGGUGUUUCCUCGCUACCAGAAGUGGAGAUAUGCAGACGUCUCACAAAGGAAAGUUAUUGGUCAAAAGUGUUUGAACUUGUUUCACACAAUUCUCAACUUCAUAAAGAAACCCAACACUGUUCCUGAUGUACAGUGUCCCAGUCUACAGGAGACGUGUGUCUUUGGGCUGCUGUACACUGAGGCAGGCCGGGCUCUACUGGAGAUUAUCUCCACGGGGGUGGACAAUGUCCAGAUGUCAUUAGCACAGCAAGCAAGCCUACUGAAGGGCGCAGGGGUGGACCUAGUGGAGCUGAUUGAGAUCUCCCUCUCCCUGCUGAACCGCCUGCUCCUCCUGAAGCCCCCCCAGCAGGGCCCCUCCCCCGUGGAGCAGAUCCUGUCCUCCCAGCCCCCAGGCCAUCAGCACCAGCACAUGGUGGCCACUAUAGCCCAGUACAUCUAUCACAGGCACAGCUUUAGGCUGCCCACUUUAGCUACCCUGUUACUCAAACGUCUAGCCAUGGUAUCACCAAUGUCCAUUUUGGCCUGCCUAGGAAAUGAUGCUGAACCAAUUAGAGAUAUGUUUCUGACAAGACUUCAAGCUGUUUCUGAGGAUAUACAGCUGAGGGUUAGUAUACUGGAGCUUCUAUCAGUGUGUGUGGACAGCCAACAUGGACUCAUUGAGAUCUUCUUGAAUGUGCAGCAACAGGGGGAUGGUGUGGCUGACAAAUCUAAGCACGACCUUCGCCUGGGCCGCAGCAGCUGCUUGCCUCCCCUACUUGACCUUAUGGAGGUCAAAAAACAGUGUACCUAUGAGUGCCCCCCAGAGCUGCUGUGUGCUGCGCUGGAUUUUGUCCACUCCUUAUGGUACGGCAUGAAGGAGACACCAAUGGCUGUGCUUAGGGCCAAUGAAACAUUUUGGCCGAGUGUGUUGGCGCCACUCACACAGGACCUGCCAGCAGUGGACGAACAAGAUGACCUCUCUGUCCAGGCACUGAAACUCCAGACCAAGUUGACCUCUUUCUCCCUGAGAAUUAUUGGCAUGGAACUUUAUGCCAUGGCCAGCUCACAGCUGGACUCAAACUUCAAGAAACAUCUGAAGGCUACCUUUGCUGGUGGACGACUUAGUUACUGGUCAAAGUUGAUGUUUCAGGCAGUCAGGCUGAGUCUUGAAGAAGUGAGUGAGAGUGCCAACCUACCACCAGCCCAAGCUAUAUCUGAGCUGCCAGCUUUAAAUCUGCUGCUGGCGUGGAAAAAUUUCUUGGUCACCUCAAGCCAUUUUAAGAUUUCAGACAUUGACAUGAGUGACAAAGACAAAAUGACCAUCCUGUCUGACCUGUUGCGUGGCGUCCGUGCACAGUUUAGUGCCAACAACCUGUCUGACAUUAAGAUAAAACUGGCAUCCAUCGCCAGCGCACUCUACUUCACAUUAGUCAAGUCAUGGAGCAAGGAUCUGCUGGACUCAGACGGGACAGUGGCCAAAGAGGCUCUGGACACUUUAAUGAGCACCAUUGAGGAGUCGACCAGUGGGGAGAAGCUGUUUCCUUCAAUAGAGAUUGGUCUGCUGGGGUCAGUCACAACCAUUCUACAGCAGUGUGGACACAAGCUGGACAAUCUGUCCAGUGUUCUCCAUGACCUACUGGGUGUGGUCUGCUCCAUAUUCCUCAACAGCUCCUGGCAUGUCCCCGCCCUCUUAGAGACAACAGCCAAUCAGCAAACAGAGGCCUUGGGGAAUCAUGUCAAGUUGCAGGUAGUGACCUGUUGCCUGCUGGUUGAGAUCCUGCACAUGACCAAGGACCUGGAGACCUCACUGCAGGUCAUCCAAGAACACGGCAUCAUCUCCAGUCUCUUGUCCACCACAGAGGCUUUGUUCAAGGCCAGGCAGGGAAUAUCCUACAUUUAUUCUUCCCUACUGCUUCUUAUAAAGAUAGCGUCCACAGAAACUGGAGCCUUGAUGCUGGUCAACAACAACCUGAUCUCCCAGCUGUGUCUAGUCCUGACCUCAUGUUAUGCCUACGACGAGGACAACACUCAGUCCAGGGUUGCUCUGUCUAAGGCACUGAGAAGUCUGAGACCAGCCUCUGUGACCUGGCACAGCCUGUACUGCCUGUGUUUAGAUCUGUUCUCCUCCAUGCUGAGGGUCCUGAAACAUUCCUUCCUGGAGGAUGCUCUCAAUGUCAUAGGGGUGCACCAGGACAGGAUGUAUCAGGCACUGCUGGUUGCCCGUGUAAACCUCAGCAAGACAACUCUAGAUGAGGCAGAAGCCACCUGUGGUUUUGUGCUGGAACUUUGUGCGUUUCACAAACAGUGGAGGUACAGCUUGCCACACGUCCUGGCCAAAAUUGUGGGCUCCCUUAUGGCCAUGAUACAGACCUACAUGGCUCUUUUGAUUAGACCCAGAUAUCUCCUGCACUUACUAGAGCAUGCCAAAAGCCAGGAUGGUCUGGGUAAGUGUGACUCCAUCCUACAGGUGCCGUCCAUCCUACAGCACCAGAGUUCACUGGACGAUGUGGAGCAGCCUAGCAAGAAACUGGUCCAGGUGCAGCACAGCAUGCUAAGACUGGUUGGAAAAGGCCUGUCAUGCUUAAAGCACUUUACCCCUGGAUUACCUGAGAUCCUGUUUGACCAGGGAGUGGACGUGACAGAAUGGGAACCAAUUCUCAGACUUGGGUUUGGAACUCCCUCACUGGAUGAUGAUGUGGAGGGCAUCACAUUUGGCACCCUGCUCAACUGUGUCACAGUCUGUGUCAGACACCUGUCUAGGAUGGACGGCAAGGCCUCCCCACACAGGAAUUCACCUGAUGACUCAGCCAAGCACUGCAUCCCACGCCCUGUCGUACAGUUUGUUCUAGAAGUUUCUCUGGACAUCUUGAUGUCACAAGCAUGUCGUUACCUGCGUGACCCCAAUUUGAUGGCGCGUGACAGGCAAUUCUUGAAGAGGGAGCUGGGCACUGAACUGAAUUCUUGUUUGUCGCCAUUACAUCGCCACCUAAGAAGAGGAGCUGGGGACAGAUCUUUGUCCUUGACCCCACCUCAGCAAUCAUCUAAUGGCAUAUUUGCACCAACCACACCACAGGCCAACAACCUGACAUGGACCUCAAGAACCAGCACUCCGCCACAACUCAACCGUUCUAUCUCACAGACUUUCCCUAACUCACCAGACCCAAAUUAUUUCAGAUUGGUGCAGACAUUUGUCCAGAAAGUCUUAAAGUAGUCAUCACAACAUGUUGACACAGACUUGUACAUUAUUUAUAUUGUUUGCUGGAUUUUAAAAAUUGAACAAAAUAAACAAAGAACUGGAUUUGUCCAGGUCCUAUUACCAACUAGAGUGUUUUAAUAACAGAUUGUGCAGCUAAUUGGUUGUAAGAUUGCUAGAAAAGUAGCCGCAGUGUCAUACUUAAUGUGUGAAAUAAACUGUUGAUUAAAUGUAUAGGAGAUGAAACUGUUAUACAGUUUUGAUAGUGAUGGGAUGCUAGUUUGUGGGCUCGUAUGAUUGAAUGGGGGGAAAGUUUACCAUGUGUGAUUGAUGGUGUUCAUAUGUAUGGUUGUAAAAAUGUGUUCAUAUUGAAGCAUGGUGUUUGGAGAAUGCUUGCAUUGUGUUUAUGUUUUACAUGGUGUUUAUAUAUUUCGAGGAUGAUGGUCACAGGCGUUGAUUAUUCUUUGAACAGAAAUAAAAUUUUGAA